AUGCAGUUACCUCCAGAGCCUCCUCCGUCCCUCCGUUAUCAGUUUUUCAGAGAACUAGAGUUAGCGAGACAUGGAUUGAAGUUGUUGAAGAGGAAUCCAUCGUCGUUUACGCCUUGUUUGGAUGGAAGAUAUCUUUUGUUAGGGCCUGAUAAAGAGCUUAAUCAUUCUGACAUCUCCAAGUUCUCCAAGCGAGAUGCCGAUGCUUAUCCAACAUAUGAGAAUCAGUUAGAGAGGUUCUGUAAACUGAUGGAUCCACGUUUGGAUUCGCUGCUUCCUGAAUCUUUGCAAGGUAUUUCAUCUCUCCAAGAUCGUUUCAAGAAUAAAGCACGCAGCUCAGCCUUUUGGACUCGUUUUAUGGUUCAUCCGGGGGACAACAGGUUACUGAUUUGGAGGUUUGAGUGAGAUUCAUGUUUUUAUAGUUUUACUCUAUUAGCAAAAAUUGUGGGUUUAGAGUUUAGAUCUUACCAGUUUGGGCAUCGAUGCAUAUGCAUAUUUAAUUAGUUUUCCUAUAAUCUUGGCUUGUAUGAUCAGUCUGAGUAAGUUAGUAGACCACAAGAACAGAAUUUGAGGAAACAGAACACUGGAUCUAGUGGAAAAAGGAAAGACACAGGAUAAUAAUCUAUUUAACACAAAACAAAAGGAGUCAGAUCAUCUAUUGCAGAUAGAGAUGCCAAUAUCAAAGGAGUGGUGAUAAUAGCAUUAACUUUAUUACUUGC